AUGUCACGAGGACACAGGAUGUCGAAACGCUCUUCCAAACGCAGGCACGCAAGCCCAGAGCCGGACUCCGGUCUCACAGAGGGGCUUUCCAUUAUCAAGGCCCGUCGCUAUCCCCCGCGAAAAGACGUCGAAUACCCAACAGGAAGACACCGAUCUCUGUACGAACCUCCUCCUCGUUCCCCCAGACGCCACCACCGACACAGCCGCCAAAUCGAAGCAAAGUCAGACACAGACGGCGAUCUGAAGAUGAUCCCCAUGCGCCCAGCGUCACCCUCAACCGCCCUCGUUCUCAGAACGAAACCCCCAAGCCAUAAAAAGGCCCACCAUACAAACGACGACGGCUACUUGGAUAUCGUGAGGCGCCGCCGAAAGCCCAAGCCCGAGAUCGAGCUAGAGCCCACGAUCCGCAGGACCUCGAAACGUCGCCGCAGCAUAGACGAUACCGGACGCGAGAUACAUCAGCAACAGAGCAGCGACCUCGUCGUCGACAACUACCGCUUCCGCAACCACAUCCUGUCUCUCCUGGACGAGCAACGCACGUCGGUCGAGUCGUGGGCCCACAGCGUCGGAGCGGGGGGCCCGGCUGAGCCGAUGGACUGGCAGCCCGAGCAGGAGCGGGUCGUUUACAUUGCCCGUGACCUCGUGGAGUACGGCUGCUACGAGGAGCGGUGGAGAAUCGGGGGUGAGCAGCAGCAGCAGCAGCUAGAGGACAAGCCGACAACGCCGACGGCGCAGCUCUCGUCGGAAUUAGUGUCGUGGGCCGGUCAGACAGAGGUGGAUGGGUCGACGAUGUGUGGGGCGGCGGUACUUGGCUUAGGUCUUGUGGAUGGGAUUGAGUGA